UUUAAUGAUGAAAAUUAUUCGUUAAGCGUUUAAAGAAACUCUACCAAACGACCUUUGUGCUGUAAUACGCAAAACCAAGCAUCCUUCUCCACGCGUUGACAGUCACUUAUCAAAAUACGGUGAGUUUCGAGAUCAUCCUGCUGAAUUGCUGUUUUUUCGAUGCACCGUACACACAAAAACGCCUCGUCCUCGCUUUAGCUGAUAACAAAUUGUCGAGUCUUUGUAAAAGCCAGUUCUCCACCAUCUCCACGCCAGUGUGCUCGUGUGUUUCUUUCCGUAAAAGUGGUCAUGAUUCGGCAGCUUACUUCCCUUUUGUUAAUUAUCCUGGUGCUAAGCGUAGACCAGGCAGCGGCCUCCGGAAUGGAUUUCGGCGACGCAUCCGCGCUGGUUAUUGGCAUCUUUAUCAGUGUUAUCGGCAUUCUGGCCUGUCUUGGGCAUCAUGCGCGAAAGCUGCAAGCAAAUCAGUUCUAACCCUAAUCACUCACAUUCUCUUCGUAUCCACACUUUGUACACAUCAACAAACAUCAGCUGUUCUAAAUUUUCCCUCCGUUUAUCGACCACCCCAUCAUCAUUCCUGGCAUCGCCUUCGUUUUUCGUUACAAACAGUAGCGCAACGAUGAGCUACUUACGUACCAUUAGAACGAUUGGCCACACGAGCGCCUUUGCGCGCCAUCCACACCGAACGGUGGUGGGACGCAGCACCAUCACACCCGGCCACCUCCAGGUCGUCAGCCAGCGACACUUUUCCUACGAGGCCACCGUCGCCGGCUUCUGGCAGACGCUCUCUCAAAGUGCCCCGGUUGCGUACGUCCAGCAGGGGAUGAUCAAUCUGCACGACCUCACCGGACUGCCCUGGUGGGCGACGGUCAUCCUCACGACCGUGGGUCUCCGUACGCUUGUCACCCUACCGCUGGCCGUGUACCAGAACAAAAUACUGGCCCGGCUCGAGCAAAUCUCGCUCGAAAUGCCGGAACUGAUCAAAGAGCUAAAGGCCGAAACGGCGUACGCGAUGAAAAAGUUCAACUGGACGGAAAAGGAAGCCCGCAUCAUGUACAAUCACUCGCUAAAGAAGCAGUGGAACAAUCUAAUAGUGAGGGAAAACUGUCAUCCGGCCAAAACGAUGGUGCUGCUGUGGGGUCAGAUUCCGCUGUGGAUUGUGCAGUCGGUCGCGAUACGCAAUCUCGUCUCGAUGCUGCCCGAUCCGACCGCCAUCGAGGCACAGAUCGCGUACACCGAGCUUACGCUGGGCGGCUUUGGCUGGAUACCGAACCUUACCGAGCUGGACCAUUCGCUGAUUUUCCCCGUUGCGCUGGGCGUCAUCAAUUUGAGCAUUAUUGAGAUUCAAGCCGCCUCCCGGACGAAGCUGCCCUCCAAGCUACAAACUAUCUUCACUAAUCUCUUCCGAGGGUUAAGCAUCCUAAUGGUACCGAUCGCUGCAUCCGUUCCAUCGGUAAGAGGCAUUCGCUCAGUGCCAUUUCGUGACGUGAAUUUUACACCUUUCUUUCCCAUUUCCUUUCCAACAGUGUCUUUGCCUCUACUGGGUUACCUCGAGUGCGUACGGAUUGGGGCAAAACCUGCUGCUCUUAUCGCCCCGGGUGCGUCGCACCGUGGGCAUUCCCGCCGUCCCUUCCGAGCUGACUCAUCCUUAUCAGCACAUACGCAGCACGUUUGCGGCAAAGCUGGGCGCACUAUCUGGCCGCCUCGGUUCCAACAAUCAGCAUCCUCCUCCGAGCACGAAAGCGUAAGCGAACCGUUCGUUCGGACAAUAAAGUUAGUCAGUAGGGCAGGGUAGCCAUUUGUUUAAAA